AUGAGAAAUUGCAACACAACUGUAUCGCUUGUUGAAUGGAAUGUGAAAUUAGGAGAAGACCAAGAAGAUCCAAAGAACUUCAGGAAAACCAUCCAAAGAAUAAUGGCUAUUCAGUAUAGGAUCCCUGAUCAUGUCCACAUAUCUCAAGAUUGUAGGCACCUCCUUUCUCACAUAUUUGCUGCCAAUCCAGCUCGGAGGAUCUCAGUCAAAGAUAUUAAGACACACCCAUGGUUUCUGAAGAAUUUGUCGAGGGAAUUAACUUAUGCAGCUCAAGCAGCAUACUACAGGAAAGAAAACCCGAUCUAUUCCCUUCAAGAUGUGGAGGAGAUCAUGAAAAUUGUUGACGAAAAUUGUAGUAGUAAAUUUAAAUAG